AAAAGUUACGACGAACGACCAUCGCGGGAGGAUCUUCGGGCGGGACACACAUGCACACACACACAAACACCACGUCGUAUGAAUAAAAUCCUCGCCCAAAUCUUGAUGCAAAGCGAAAAAUCACUGCAACAACGAUGGACGAAACAUAUCUAAAGAAUCUCGAAACGGCGGCCCACAUUAUUAUGGCCCCGCCAAAUUCCAUCACAAAUCAGCAGCGCCAGGAAUCGGAGCAAAUUUUUACUACCUUCCGAAAAACGAAAACUCCAUAUGCGCUGUGCCAAGCGAUCCUGGAAAAGUCGUCCGUCGAUUUGGUACUGUUCGAGGCGGCCGAUGUGCUGAAGAAAACCGUGGUUGGGGAAUGGAAAUUUAUUGCCGAACAGGACCGGGCCUCGUUACGUCAGUACCUGCUGAACUACGUCAUCCAGCGCGAUGUUCCGGUGUUCAUACGGGACAAGCUGCUCCAGGUGGUGGCUAUUAUGAUCAAACGUGCCAGCCUAGAAGAUCAUGGCGUGGAGCGUGGCCAGAUUUUGGAAGAAACCCGCAAAAUGCUGACGUCGAGUGAAUUGAAACAACAAAUUCUUAGCUGCAGCAUUAUGCUGGCCAUUUUGGAAGAGCAUUGCAACAUCGUCCGUUCGGAUGAUACAGGGCUUAACACGCUGGAGCACUUUAAAGCGAAGAAACAGUUUGAAGAUUCCGAUCUGCUGAAAACGUUCUGUAUGACGCUGCAAGCGAUGGUAGCUAUCGUGAAUAGCUUCGACACAUCCAACACGAUGCAGAUGUAUCUGUUUAAGCAACUGCUUACCGUGAUGGAGACAGUUCUGACCUGGGGCUUUCUGCUGCCCAAUCUGCGGAACGUCCGCGUGCGACACUCACUGUCCAAAAGCAUCAUUGACACGUCGGAAACGGUAACGAAGGCACUGCACGCUCCUCCACUUCGGCUGCAGGCACAGUGGAAAAGUGUAAUCUUUGACCCGAAGGUGUUGGAGGUGUUCUUUCACACUUACUGGAAGUUGCGCGAAAUAGAGGAUUUGCAGCCGAAAGCGCUCACCUGCAUCCUGCAGCUAUCUACCCUGCGAGGACCCAUCAUCACGGAAAACAUCGACGAAAGUAUGACCUAUCUGGCAAACUAUUUGACACACUUUCUAUCACUCAUGACCAAUAUCGAAAUCAAAGACAAGGAAGCGUACAGUUUUUCGCUUAUCCUUCGCAAACUGUUUCAAUUUUUGCCCACGGACAUGCUAAAGAUGCUCCCAAACUCCCUUUUCGAUGCGUCCAUGCAACAGUGCUUUACGCUGACGAUGAAAUUCUUCGAACAAUCGGCAGCGGAAGAAUCGGUUGCCCCUGACGAAGCGCUCUACGUGGAUGCGCUGAGCAACAUGCUUGGCAUAUGGUUGGCAUUUUUUGACGAUAAACGAAACUACCCGAUCGAACCGAUGCUUCCCUACAUCAUGCAAAUGUUCGAAAAGUACGUCCAGUGCCAUCUGGCUCCUCCGCAGGGCAUUCGGGGCACGGGCCGGGAUGGGGACGGCGGUGAUAAUGAAAUUACCGAUAUAGAGGAAUCGGAUCGGGAACGGUUCAAGGAACAGUUGACCGUUAUGGGAUUUUUUGGGCGGCAAAUUCUGCAACAUGCGCUCGGAUUGUUAGCAAAGCUGCUAGAAGAUCGGACGCGCAAGCUGGGCACCCAUCUGCAUAUGCUGCACGCAUCACAAUCGCUCUCCAUUUCCGAUGGGGUAAAUUUGGAGAAUUUGUUCGAAGACUUGCACUGGUUGCUGCUGAUCAGUGGACACGUGAUAGCGAUGGAAUCGGUCGGUGAAACACCGAUGAUACCGGAACCGAUACUGACAUACUGCAAGCAGCAGGUUGACGCAGGUGCUACGGAUGUGACGAACAGUUUGAAACUGUUGGCCUCACCGAACCAGGACAUCCAGGAGAUACCGAACGCGGAAUCGAACGUGGAUCCGGUAAUUCGGCUGAUGGCAGCCGGUUUUCGAUUGUGCGAGCUGGAGAAGACGGCGAUUGAGGUACGCAUGUACCAGUUUCUAAGUCCGGAGCUGAGUGCGACCACGAUGUGGUUUCUGCGACACUGGUGCGGAACUUACGUGAUGUCCAGCUACGAACCGUCCGCAACGCAUAUCUUCUCGAACGCGUUCGGUGUUGGUACGGCUGGGGCGCUAUGGGUGAUCAACUAUCUGCUGAACAAGAUCUGCCUAAACGCGCAACAUCUGCGGGCGGAACCGGCCGUAAUGGAGGAAACGAUCGAGCUCCUGCUGGCACUGCAACGAAACCGAUACCGUGCCCAAACCAUCUUCAAUUCCGAAUACUUCCGUUCGAUAUGUGAUUUGAAAAGCUUCGAGCUUCCCAUGACGGUGAAGCGAAAGCUGCUCCGCGGGUUUGUUACGAUCGGCGGUAGUAUAGAGGGCGAGGAAGUACGCAUGGAGUACAUCAUGCGCAUUGUACAGGGAACGAAGGAAAAGUUUAAUUUACUGCAGAGCACCCUGCAGCAGAACGCCCAUGUACAUCAAAGCGAGCAGUUUAAGCAGAAGGUGAUCGAGGUGCUGGAAGAAACGAUCGGUUGUGUGGAGGGAGCGUAUGACAAUCUGAUUAUGGCACUGUUUACCGAAAUUGAGCCGAUCUGUAAACAGCUAAGCACGUUUAUGAGCGUCUACAAGAACGACACGGUUAUUGUCGAGUUGGUACUAGAGUUGUUGAACGAACUGGAACGUUCGGCCGAAGUGAAGGAAGUGCGUGGGGCACUACAUCAGUACGGUAUGGAUGUGAUCGGUGUGUACGUGAAGAACAACAGCAACCGUAUUUCGCUCGAUCCCACCAACAAUGAACGUGAUCCACAAGAUUUGAUCCUCAUUUUGAAACUAAUUCAUGGAAUCAGCGCUAGCCGGGUGGGAAAUGAUGAGGAAACGCUGCAGCAAGCGUCGGACGUUUGUAUCUUCGGACUAACAAACAUUGUGCCACUGAUAACGUCCGAUUUGAUUCGAUACCCGGAGCUAUGCUAUCAGUACUACAUCACAAUUACAUCUUUUGUGGAUUCCAAACCUCAUGUGGUGCCAGCGUUACAUCCCGAUUUCCUGAAGCAGCUCGUCGCCUCGGUUGAACUUGGACUAACCUCGUUCACGUCUGAGGUGGAGCUAAAGUGCGUCGAAUUUAUCGAAGCCUUUGCACAGGUGGUUCGGCUGCACAAUAAUAGAGAAUCGUUAGUGUCACAGCUGCUACAAUCGCUUCUAAAGCUGAUGCUGGACAUGACGAUCGGACAGAAGAUCGAUUGGAAUAACACGAGCGAUUGGUACAAGGCAAUGUUUACGGUGAUUUGCUGUUUUCCGCAAACGUUCAAGGACAUGAUACAGAGCUUCCUGCAGGAGCACGUGGACAGCAGCACCGACAAAGCGAAGGAAAUGAUUGGCGAGAGUCUGUUGCGCCUGAAUCAGAUUGAGUUUGUAAACCUGCGACUGAUGAAGCUAAGAUUUGUCGACUGGUACGAUCGUUUCGUUUCACUGGUAAGUCUUAUGUAUAAGAAGUGAAAG